GUCUUUAUUCCCACGCUGCCCUUGCAGGUCUGCCCGUUUCGGAACAUGCUCUGCUCCGCCUGGUGAACGGCUCGAGGCGCUGCACUGGCAGAGUGGAGGUGCUGUGUAAUGAGCAGUGGGGAACCGUGUGUGAUGUCGGCUGGGACUUACAGGACGCUGGAGUCGCGUGCAGGCAGCUGGGCUGUGGGACGGCGUUGGCAGCUCCAGGCGGGGCUUGGUUUGGAGAAGGGUCUGGUCCCAUCUGGCUGGGCGGGGUUAACUGCACAGGGACAGAAGCUGCCCUCUCCGAAUGUAGGGCCGGGCCUUGGGAAGUCCGUGCCUGUGCCCAUGGAGACGAUGCCAGUGUUGCGUGCUCAGGUAAGCCUUGCCCAUGCCACAUGCAGCACUGCGUGGUAGUGCCAUGCUGCAGGGCGCAGAGCAGUGUGGCUAACUGGACAGUAGCUGUUCUCGCUUCUGACUCAGCCUUGACCCUGAUGUCCUGGACCGGCCUCUGCUGCUGAGAGAUGAAACCGAGGCCCUGCCGUUCACUGUGUCAUGGCCUGGGCCCAGCAGGCUGGGUCUGAAUCCCAGGGGGGCGAAUCCAUUCAGCCUGAGAUCCUGGCCCGGGCUUUCAGCUGGAUGCAGGAAUCUCCUCACUUCCUGUCCCAAGCGUCUUUGCUUUACUCCCCGAUGUCUAAGGCAGUGCUAAUGCUGAGAAUCCCUGGGCAGGUCCCACAAGGCCCUGGGGUGUCCGCAGGACAGGAGAGCUGCCAGCGUUUCUCAUGGGUCGCUCAGCACCCCAAGGGCCCGUAGGCGCCAAUACGUGUUUCCCAUCAAUCUGUGUCACUGGCAACAUCUUCCCCGUCUUCCCAGCCCCCCAGCCACGUGUGCAAACAGGAAUUAGUUCAAGGGCAGCCUGUUUAAUGGAAGUUGGGCAAGGGGAUCGCAAAGGUCCCAUCUGGUAUUAUAACCUACCUCACAGCCCUUCCUCUGUCUUUCCUCCCACGCCAGGGCCUGCUAUGUCCCUCGGAGUCUGGCUUCUCCGCUCUGCCCUGGCUCUGCUCCUGCUGGUGUCUGCCCCCAUCAUCACCCGCCUCCUGGAGAAAGGAGCCCCCACUCUCUUGAAGUCCCUGAGCAGGGGCAGUGGCCGCAAGGGGCAGGCUGGGGAGGACCUAGCCACAGGAGAGGAGUCGGUUAUAUAUGUCAAUGUCUCAAGUUUUGUGUGCCCUGAGAGACCUCGGCCAGAAAUGUACGGACAGGGAAGAUGCCAGCAAGACGGAGCUGCUGUGUGGGAAGAUGGCAGCAUCAUCUCCUAGUGUCCAAACGCUCCACCCGCGCUGUCUCUUGCACUAAUGUGUGUGAGGGGCCCAUGCGGAAUGGCUGUGCUUAUCCCUCAGGCUUCCUGCCCACAUAGAUAGAAUCAGCUGCUUCCCAGAAGUCGUGUACUAGCCUCCAGCACCAUGAACACCCAGGCUAAAAUGCAAGACCACCUUGAGACUUCCUUCGACAGGAGUGUGGAAAUCGAGAUAACCAACAAUUCACAAGAUUUGACUCUCCAUUCCCCCAGGAGUUACUGCUACAGUGGCCACAGCCUCCUGCCCCCUUCCCUCCGAAUUCCACCCGGAUCCAAGGAGAGCUGCCUGUUCACAAAGGGAAGGUUCAGCUUCCGUGGGAGCGCAGGCCUACUGGUGUACGACUCAGAUGCCUUCACCCUGGCCAUCAUGUUCUCCAACCCCUUUGACUACAACCUCUACUCCAUUGAGUUUGGCCUCGAGAUCUCCCCGGGCAAAGAGCAUCUUGGCAACCUUGAGGACGUCUACACAAGGAUGUACAAUUAUACACCCACCAACAGCAGCUCAACGUUCAAGAGAGCCAAGCUGGGCCAGUGCCAGGAAGCGCUUGUGGUCACUGCAGGGCAUAUCCGUGUCAUGGCCACCAUGUCCAAUGCUGCCAAAGCAGUCAUUAAAGUGCUUGUGGAGGAAAAAGGGAGCCCACCUCCCUAUUCAACGAACCAGAAUGACUGCAAAACACACUCCUAGAGUGAGGGCUGCUGCUAUCACCGACCUCCAGCUUAAACCAUGAAAUGACUCCACAUUGGCCUCUGCUACAGGAAGAAACAACCCAGUACUCCAUAGACACCAGCUAG